AUGAUAAAAUUUUAGCAAAAAAAACAAACAUGCGGAUUGUUUUUUUUCGAUUCGAACCUUUGAUUUUUGACAACUUUUUUUAUCUGUCGAAAAUUUUCUAAUAAAUCAUGGCUCGAAAUGCGGAAAAAGCGAUGACAACUUUAGCACGAUGGCGAGCAUCACAACUUGAAGAACAAACUAAUUCCAAUCAGCCAAAACGUGAACGACGACCUUAUUUUCCAGGUGAUUGUAAUGAUCUGAAUUCAGCACAACGAUGGCGUUUGAAUGUUGUACGUGUGAUUAGCCGAAAAGUGGCACAAAUUCAAAAUGCAGGUCUUGGUGAACAUCGUAUUCGUGAUCUAAAUGACCAGAUAAAUAGAUUACUAAGAGAAAAAAGAAACUGGGAACAACGAAUCAAAGAACUUGGUGGUACUGAUUUCAGAUCUACCGAACGUUUUGAUGCUAGUGCCCGUGAAAUACCUGGCAAUAAAGGUUACAAGUAUUUUGGCGCUGCUAAAGAUUUACCUGGUGUAAGAGAACUGUUGACUCAGGAAACAAUCCAGAUACCGAAAAAAACGAAAGCUGAAUUGAUGCGAUCAAUCGAUGCUGAUUAUUAUGGUUAUCGUGAUGAAGAUGAUGGUGUCAUUUUGAAGGAAGAAGCCCGAGUACAACGUGAAGAACUUUUACGAUUAGCAGAUGAAGAACAAAAUUCCAAUGCAAAAACAAUAAAAGAACGAAUUGAAUCAAUUUGCAAUCCUGAUGAUAAAGAUGAUAAUAGGCCAAACAUCGAAGAAGGAGUUGACUUUGCUGGACCAAAAAAUUUUAUAUCUCACGUUCCAUCCAUACCAACACAACAGGAAAUUCACGAAGAAUUAGUUCGUAGGAAAAAACAAGAAUUACUUGCAAUGUAUGUUUCGGAGGAUAUUCUUGAAUCGGAAAAAGAAGCAAAAACAAUGCUUGGUGUUGAAUAGUAUUUUAAAACUUUUAUCUCAUCUAAAUUUUCACUCAUAAUCAUUAUUUAAUUAUU